AUGGGGAUGUCGUCAGGCUGGGGCUGGCUCCUUCUCCCAGUUUGCCAGGCUCUGGUUGUCCCCAGGGAGGUCAGUGGCCGGACAGGGGAGACGCUCUCCCUCCGCUGCUGGUACCCCUCGGGCUAUGAGGGCUACAACAAGUACUGGUGCCGGGGGGCCAGCCGGGACUCGUGCCGUAAGGUGGUGGAGACGGCAGGCAGGGAAGUGCCCCAGCGGCACGGCCGGGUCUCCAUCCAGGACAACCACAUCUUCUGCGUGGCUCUGCUCAACAUAGAGAAGCUCUCCAAGGCGGAUGCUGGGAGUUACUGGUGCGGGGUCGAGAGGAUGGGCAGGGACCUCAUGGAGCCGGUGACAGUGAGGGUGGUCCCAG